AUGGCCACCGCGCUGCUCCUCCGCCGCCUGUCUUUGGCCGCGGCCACUGUGGCCGCUCGGCCGCCCCGUCGCUUUCUGGGCGCGUCGGCAGCAGCGAACUUCCAGCACUUGCUGGUGGAGAAGAAGGGAGCCGGGCAGAGGGUGGCGGUGAUCCAGCUGAACCGCCCGAAGGCCCUGAACGCGCUUUGCGAUGAGCUGAUGCUGGAGCUGAGCCAGGCGCUGGACGCGCUGGAGCAGGACCCGGCCGUGCGCGCCAUCGUGCUGACGGGCAACGAGAAAGCCUUCGCCGCUGGCGCGGACAUCAAGGAGAUGCAGCACCGGACUUUCCAGGAGUGCUACGGCUCCAACUUCCUGGGCCACUGGAACCGCCUGGCCAGCAUCCGAAAGCCGGUCAUCGCCGCCGUCAACGGCUACGCGCUGGGCGGCGGCUGCGAGCUGGCCAUGAUGUGCGACAUCAUCUACGCGGGCGAGAAGGCGCAGUUCGGGCAGCCGGAGAUCCUGCUGGGCACCAUCCCCGGCGCCGGCGGGACGCAGCGGCUGACCCGGGCGGUGGGCAAGUCGCUGGCCAUGGAGAUGAUCCUGACCGGGGAGCGGAUCUCGGCCCACGAAGCCAAGCUGGCCGGCCUCGUCAGUAAAGUCUGCCCGGUGGAAAAGUUGCUGGACGAAGCCAUCAGCUGCGGGGAGAAGAUCGCCCGCCACUCCAAGCUGGUGGUCGCGAUGGCUAAGGAAGCGGUCGACGGCGCCUUCGAGCUCAGCUUAGCCGAGGGCAACCGGCUGGAAAAGAGGCUGUUCCACUCCACUUUUGCCACGGAGGACCGGAAAGAAGGGAUGGAUGCCUUUGUGGAGAAGAGAGAAGCCAAGUUUAAAGACCAUUAAUUCCUCCUUUGGGGAG